AAAUGUCGCCAGGAAUGUAAGAAGGCUUGUCCCGUCGUCCGUACGGGUAAGCUUUGUAUCGAGGUCACCCCCGAAUCGAAGAUCGCCUUCAUUUCCGAGCGCCUCUGUAUCGGUUGCGGUAUCUGUCCUAAGAAAUGUCCUUUCGGUGCGAUUCAUAUUAUCAACCUGCCGACCAACCUGGAGACCCAGGUCACCCACCGUUACUCCGCGAACAGUUUCAAGCUUCACCGUCUUCCCAUGCCUCGUCCUGGACAGGUCCUUGGUCUUGUCGGCACAAACGGUAUCGGAAAGAGUACCGCGCUGAAGAUUCUUAGCGGCAAGCUAAAGCCUAACCUUGGACGUUAUGACAACCCUCCUGACUGGGAAGAAAUUUUGAAGUAUUUCCGUGGUUCCGAACUGCAGAGUACGUUUCCUUUUGGCGCCGCGAAGAAGGAAACAAUGGUUGCUAAUACUAUGCAGACUAUUUCACCAAAGUGCUGGAAGAUGACCUGAAGGCCGUUGUAAAGCCUCAGUAUGUCGAUCAGAUCCCUAGGGCAGUGAAGGGUCCAGUCCAGAAUGUCGGCGAUCUCAUCAAAGCUCGUGCUCAGAUGGACAACAUGGAGCACAUUCUUGAUGUCCUUG